UACAGAGUUGCCAUUUUUAUUUUUUGGUCAAAGUCUCCUCAGAGAGAAAGAGGGAGGGAAGUGUUGUUGUUGUGCGUGUACAGUAGGAGGAGAAGACAAAGCCGGCUCUUUUUGUUUUAGUUCUGUUUCACUGCCCCAUUAUCAGAUUCUUUUACGCACCAAAAGGAUUGGGAUUUCUUUUUCUUCUCGCUCAUUCUCUUCCUCUUUGUUAUCGUUUUUGGUGUUUGUGGACUUAGAUUCGUUUGCUUUUGUCCUUUAGAUAGCGUCUGCAUCUGCCUGAUCGCUUCAACAAAGAGGAAAAGAAAGACAGAGAGUUGCCCAGAUAUUUGAAUGGGCUUCGGAUUGGGUUGUUGUAAUACUGGGAUUGGAAAACCAAACUCUGAUUGAGCUUUGGAUUCAUCUGGGAUAAAUUUUCUUUCUUUUUUUCUCCUUCAAUUUUUGGAUUGGAAACGAGUUAAAAAUAAGUGUGCCUUUUGAUUUGGGGAAAUGGGUUGUUUCCCUUGUUUCGAUUCGAAGGAGGAAGAGAAGCUGAAUAAUCCAGUGAAUGAAAUUGAUGACCGGAAGCAGGGUCAACCAACGGUCUCUUCUAACAUUUCCAGAUUGCCUUCUGGAGCAGACAGAAUGAGAUCAAGAAGCAACGGGGGCUCCAGAAGGGACCUGGGGUCUAAAUUGCCUGAUCUCAAGGAUGUACCUGGGGUACAAAUUGCUGCUCAGAUUUUCACUUUUCGUGAACUUGUGACUGCAACAAAGAAUUUCAGGCCAGAGUCUUUCAUAGGGGAAGGAGGAUUUGGGCGUGUAUACAAGGGGCGACUUGAGAGUAGUAGUCAGGUGGUUGCAGUUAAGCAGUUGGAUAGGAAUGGACUUCAGGGUAACAGAGAAUUUCUGGUUGAGGUUCUCAUGCUCAGUCUUCUGCAUCACCCCAACCUAGUGAAUCUGAUUGGGUACUGUGCUGAUGGAGAUCAGCGGCUUCUUGUUUAUGAAUUUAUGCCCUUAGGAUCAUUGGAAGAUCACCUUCAUGAUCUUCCACCUGAUAGGGAACCAUUGGACUGGAACACAAGAAUGAAAAUAGCUUCUGGUGCAGCCAAAGGAUUGGAAUACCUGCAUGACAAGGCAAACCCUCCAGUUAUUUACAGGGACUUCAAAUCAUCCAACAUAUUGCUGGAAGAAGGAUUUCACCCAAAGCUUUCAGAUUUUGGGCUUGCAAAGCUUGGUCCCACCGAAGACAAGUCACAUGUGUCGACCAGGGUGAUGGGCACUUACGGUUAUUGUGCUCCCGAGUAUGCAAUGACUGGACAAUUGACAGUAAAGUCUGACGUCUACAGUUUUGGGGUAGUCUUUCUGGAGCUGAUUACUGGACGUAAGUCCAUUGAUAGCAACCGGCCCCAUGGAGAACAGAACCUUAUCACAUGGGCACGUCCAUUGUUCAAUGAUCGAAGGAAGUUUUCAAAAUUGGCAGAUCCAAGACUGCAGGGUCGGUAUCCGAUGCGGGGUCUCUACCAAGCUCUAGCCGUGGCAUCCAUGUGCAUCCAGGAACAGGCUGCCACACGGCCUCUCAUUGGGGAUGUGGUCACUGCUCUGUCUUACCUAGCCAACCAGUCAUAUGACCCUAACACGGCUUCAGGGCAUGGCCACAGAGGUUCUGGAGAAAAGGAUGAGAGAAGACACAGAGAUGAGAGAGGUGGAAGGAUAUUGAAGAAUGAGGAAGGGGGAGGAUCUGGACGCAGAUGGGAUUUAGAUGGUUCUGAGAAGGACGAUUCCCUGAAGGAAACCGCGAGGAUGCUAAACAACCGGGAUUUGGAUAGAGAACGAGCUGUUGCUGAGGCCAAGAUGUGGGGAGAGAAUUGGCGAGAGAAAAGACGACAGAGUGCACAAGGCAGUUUUGAUGGCACUAAUUUGUAGUGCCAUAUUGUACAAGGCACCAUCUUUGCCAUUAGUUCCUUGCCUCCUUUCUCAGCGGACCAACAUGUUUUCUAGUUUAACCAUUUUUAUUUUCCUUUCCUCUUAUCCAAACAUGAAGAAGAAGAAGAAGGAACCCAUAAAUGGAAAUUGUACAUUAUCUUCUAGGAGAAUGAGAACAGAAGAAACAGGACGUAUUUAAAAAUUUUGAGAGUAAACGCGUCUGGGUAAUGCUA